AUGACAGAAGUAAGGGACGCCCGGUCUUAUGGCACCAUCCUAGUCGUUGGAGGCUGCGGCUUUCUUGGGUCUAGAGUGGUCGACCAGUUGCUCAACUUCCCCUCAGAGCAGCAGCAACCCAACGCUGUGGCCUCAAGCGAGCCAGCGUCAUCCGCCAAUGGCGCAGUUUCGAGCAAAGCUGCGAACGGCGCAGCCUUAGAUCCUACAAGCCCUGUGUUCCCCUUUCCCAGCCUAGGGUCGCGAUAUCCUCGAACGUCCUCCUCGACGAAAGUCCAUGCGCUCGACCUCCGAUGCACCCAACACAUUUUCCCCGGCUGCACGUAUCAUGAAGGGGACAUCACGUCGGCCGAGAAGCUGCUGGAGGUCUUUCGUAAAGUAAAGCCGGACGUCGUGAUCAACACUGCCAGUCCGUCAUGGGAGGCGCCGGCGGAUAUCCUGCGCAAGGUGAACAUUGACGGCACGCGCACGCUCCUCGAGGUUGCCGGGGGCAAGCACGGCGACUGGUCCGGUGGGAAAGGGGGGUGCAAGGUGUUCGUGCACACGUCCAGCGCCAGCGUCGUGCACGAUGGUGAUUCGGACCUGAUCAAUGCCGACGAGCGGUAUCCCCUCGUCUGCCCGAACCCGCGCGAAUACUACUCUGAGACCAAAGUGCACGCGGAGCGACUGGCGCUCGCGGCCAACGACACGGAAGAGUACGGCCACAUGCUCACCUGCGCCGUUAGGCCCGCGGGGAUAGUGGGCGAGGGCGACCGCGCCGGCUUCAGCGGAGGCAUUCUGAACACGGCCAAGGGCGCUCCGAGCUGGCAGCUGCACAUCCAGCUGGGCGAGGGGUUCAAUCUGUUCGACAACACCUACGUGCACAAUGUCGUCCACGGGCUCUUGUGUGCCGCCACGGCGCUGUUGCAGACGCAUCAGAGACGGCAAAAAGGGGGCGCCAUGGCGCUGGACUACGAGCGGGUCGAUGGAGAGGCGUUCAACCUCACGAACGACAGCCCGGCUUACUUCUGGGACGCCACGAGGUUUCUGUACACCGGGUACGGCAGGGACAUCCGUAUGGAAAAGGUCUGGACCAUCCCGACCGGGUUGGCGAGCUUCGUAGGCGGCGCCGCCGAGCUGUUCAACUACCUCUCGGGUCGCAAGGGCAAGUUGAACAGGCAGACUGUCAAGUAUACUGUGAUCCAUCGAUACUACAGCUGCGAGAAGCUAAAGGCACGAACGGGAUACAUACCUCUCGUGCCCAUUGAUGAAGGGCUUGCAAGAGCGGUUUGGGAGUUCAAGGAAGGGGAGAGGAUGGAGCGAGAGAAGAAGGGACAGUGA